AUGGCCCAUCAAGCACACGCCUACCACAUAGUUGACCCAAGCCCAUGACCUUUAACUGGGGCUAUCGCUGCUCUACUCAUAACCUCCGGCUUAGCAAUUUGAUUCCACUUCCACUCAAUUACAUUAAUAACACUAGGACUUAUUCUACUACUAUUAACCAUGUAUCAAUGAUGACGUGAUAUUAUCCGAGAAGGAACCUUUCAAGGUCAUCAUACACCGCCUGUUCAAAAAGGAUUACGAUAUGGGAUAAUUUUAUUUAUCACUUCUGAAGUAUUCUUCUUCCUGGGGUUCUUCUGAGCCUUUUAUCACUCAAGCCUAGCACCCACACCAGAACUAGGAGGCUGCUGACCCCCAACAGGAAUUACCCCACUAGACCCAUUUGAAGUGCCCCUACUAAAUACAGCUGUUCUACUAGCAUCGGGGGUUACAGUAACAUGAGCCCAUCACAGCAUUAUAGAAGGUAAACGCAAACAAGCUAUUCAUUCACUUACAUUAACGAUUCUACUAGGCCUUUAUUUCACUGCACUUCAAGCCAUAGAAUAUUAUGAAGCACCAUUCACAAUUGCAGACGGAGUUUACGGCUCAACAUUCUUUGUAGCCACAGGAUUUCACGGACUACAUGUUAUCAUUGGCUCAACUUUCCUAGCAGUCUGCCUUCUGCGACAAAUCCGAUACCACUUUACAUCAGAACACCACUUUGGCUUCGAAGCCGCCGCCUGAUACUGACACUUCGUUGACGUAGUAUGACUAUUCCUCUACGUCUCUAUCUACUGAUGAGGCUCAUA